ACACACACACGGACAUACAUAUCGCUGCACAACAGACGCCGAUGUAGGCCCAUGUAUGUAUGGUGUUCAGCAGCGCAGAACUUUUACUGCAAGCGCAAGGUUUAAAUUUCGUCAUGAUUUAUUCCUCAGUACAGCCACUUCCAGUCAACUGCAUAGGAUUUUCCAGCUGUCUAUUUUAAAAUCUGAACAGACAUAUUGUUAUGCUAGGCCAAAGCCUAAAAUUACAGUUCGUGGUAAUGGAUGGCACAGCAGGGCACGCAGUAAGGCUUCGGGAGAUGUAGUUUUGCGUGGAGUUUGUUAGGAAGUCUUUGAUUUAGGUGAAUACUGUGAACUUGAAAUUUCAUCCGAGAAUGAAGAUUUAAAAACGUGUCGAUUGCCCUUUGCAUUCAGAAGAUGUUUGAAGAAUCCCGGACACAAAGACUUUGUUCCCAUAAAAGAACUUCGCCAAGAACACCUUCCUCGAGGCUGUAGCAGUGUGGCGACCUUAAAGUGGCUCAAAUCUUGGGCGCAUUCCGUGGUGAGACUAAGUGUGAGGUACGUGUCAAAAGACAGACCAAAAAACUUUGCUUUACCGAGCUCAAAAGGCACAAAGAGACUAGCUCAUGGGACAGGUGUCGCUUUUCCACAGCAAUCGGAUGCUGCACACCCCAGCACCACUCAGGAACCCCGCACCCUGCUGAAGAUUGUGACAGCUGCUCACGUCGUGUUUGACAUGGACGAGGUCAAACAUACAACAGUUGAGUUCUUUUUCGACGACGAUUCGGACAGAUCCGGAGUUGUUCGAGGGAAGGGGGUGGAUUUAUAUUAUUCUUUACCCGAAGAGGAUAUUUGUGUGUUUUUUUGUGAGCUGGACAAGCCCGGUGAAUUACCUGCAGUUUUGGAGAAACUUGAUCAGACGUAUUAUGCACCUGAUAUUUUUGAAGAUGUCUCUUUCUGUAUCUCUCAUCCCCAUGGCUGUGCUAAGAGGGUUUCUUUUGGAGGACUCAAUGAGCUAAAGGCCACACAUUUUGAGCCAAAACCUCCGUAUGGCUCUGGAAUUGUGGUCGAUGUUUGUGGUACAGCAUUAUUUCAUUUCGACGAGAAAAAGUUCUUUUACUACUUCAUUCUUGAUGUUGAAAUGAAACGCCUGGUGAAUUUGCUCCCGAAGCUAUGUGGGUUCACCUCCAAGGUAUUAAUUGACCUGGAGACAAAAGGGCUUGUGACGAGUCCUUCGGAGGAGGAACUCAAGGAAAUGAGAGAUAAACUUUCGGAAAAUAUUGGAAUUUUGACUGGAGAACAGUCAAAUCUUAAUUCUGAUUUUGAUCAGAUAUCAGAUGAUGAAGAUAGCUCUUGUUAUAAAGAUGGGGGAAAAGGGGAACCCGAUAAUGACAGCCAUAAGGAGGAGGAAAAGGAAGAGGAAGAAGAGGGAGAAGAUGACUGUGAAUGCCCAGAAUGGGCUGCUCUGUCAGAAGAAGAAAAACUGAAGAGAGUGAAGGAAUUGUUUCCUUGUGAGCUUGACGACUACGACGAUGAAUUUUUAAACGCUUUCAGUGACAGGUUUCAUAAGCUCAUGUCGGAGUUAGGGCAAAUCCUGACAGAAAUUAACCGAAGUGAGAGUCGGGCGUCUGAAACCGGCGAACAACACGCUUUUGCGCACAGUAUUCCCACGUGCCAAGGCAGUUCAGGUGCCCCCAUCAUGUCUUUGUCGUGCGUCGAUGGGAAACAUAAGAUGGCGUUGGCGCCUCACUCUCGUCACCCUCGACUUCAACCAUUGGCCAAGAGCGCUUUUGGGUUCACCUGGACUUGGUAAUUGUGUCGGGUUGUCACAAAAGGGGGGAAGGAAAGAGUUCAUGAAAUAAUAACAACAACAACAAUUUAUAA